AAUUUGAUUCACAAAAGGAUUUAAACAUAAACUUUACAAUAAGAACAAAUACUGGUAAAUGGGACAUGUGUUAAUUUGUCUUGUCGUAAUCCGGAAGUGAGAUAAAAACCACCUGUAACAUAUUGCUGAUAAGAUUUUAUAUUUAUGUUCUCAAAUUUAAAACAUUUCCUUCAGGGUAUUUUUUUACAACACACAGAUACAAAACUGGAAAUAAGAUGACAAUCUUAUAUAGUUGUGUUGCACGUGGUACGACCAUUCUCUGUAGCCAAGCCAAUGCUGGAGGAUCAUUUGAGAAUGAGGUUACAUCAAUGUUACCCAAUAUCCCUACAAGGAAUGAUGGGAAGACAACAUACAAAUCAAGCAGUUAUUUGUAUCACUGUGUGGUAGACAAUGGUAUUAUUUAUUUAUGUGCAGCUAAACCAGAGUUUGGAAAGCAACAAUCUUAUAAUUUCUUAGCUGAGAUCAAAAGAAAGUUCCAAGGUGGGACAAUUGCUAUGAGAGCAGUCAGUGCUGAAAGUCAUGAAUUAGAUAGUGAAUUUAGCAUGGAAUUAGCACAAGAAAUGGAGAGAUAUUCAAAAUCUGACAAUGUUGCCAAAUUGAGAUCCCAGGUUGAUGAAGUUAAAGAUGUAAUGACACAGAAUAUUGAACGAGUUUUAGAUAGAGGAGAAAAGUUGGAUGAUUUAGUUGAUAAAACAGAAGAUUUAGAAGCUAGUGCUGCCACAUUCCAAAAGACUGCCAGAAGAAUCAAAAGAAAAUAUUGGUGGAAGAAUACCAAGAUGAUGUUAAUACUGGUCCUCGUAGGCAUAGUAGUUGUUAUAAUCAUAGCCGUAUUAAUAGCCUAUGGUGCCGGAGCAUUCUCAAACGACGACACACCACCCAAAAACAAUGCUGUUACAUCCACAACACAAAGUUCUGGAUGAAAUCUUCCUGUUAUUCAAUUCUCAAGUGCAAUUUUAAUUUGUUGAUUUGUUAUUUCCUGUUAUUGAAAAGUUAUACCUGUGUAUAAGUACAUGGUAGUAUGAAAUUUUAAGAUGUUGAAAACUAAGGGUCUUAUUAUGGGAUAGAUUAGUGAAGUUACAAAUAGUAUACUUUCAUUGAUAGCAAGGAUUUGUAUUGUUACUAUACAAAUCCUUGUUGAUAGUUAGAGAAAUUUUGAUGAAAAAUCAGAAGAUUUGCACAAAUCAUGAGUUCAUUAAAAUAAUGUUUAUACUGACGAC